AUGGCCGCCGCAAACAAAGACAACCUUUCUCAACCCAACAACGCCAACAUUCAAAACAACACCGUCGAUUCCCAAAUCCCGGACCUCAACCUGGAAAUCUCUCUCAGCGGGAUUUACACCGAUAAUUCCAACCAAAACCCUCUCGACCGGUCCUCCACGGAGGCCAGGGUCUUGAGGCUUCAAGAAACCCAAAAGGCGCCGCAGAUGGCUGCUGCUCCGAUUCGUGCUAUACGGCUUCCAAGGGCAAGCUCUCUUCCAUCAGAGUCCAGGUUGGCGAUCAGGCACAAGGACGUUCUAGCCUUGAGAAGUCCGGAGACCAAACAGAAGAUAGCUCAGAGGCAGAUGAGCCAGCAACCAGCUGCUUUGCCGGAGGUGGCUAGGGCUUUAGCAGCUCCGGCAGCUCCAGCAGAUCUGGUGAUGUGUAGUGCGUCUUGUGCUUCUAACGGUGCCGGGGCUUUGGAUACAGUCUAUCAUUACAAAGAGGAGGGAUAUUUCACUGUGUCUCGUGCUGCAGAGGGUGCGGUAAGUGUUCAGACGUUGAAUUCCCAAAGGAAUGUUACACCAGUAGCCACGUCUGUAACAGCGGCCACUACAGAAGAGGUUGGCCCUUCACAAAGUACACCAAAGAGGGUCAAACAUUCCACUGGAAGUGUUCCCCAGAAUGAUGGGGACGAUAUGGUUUCAGUGAGAACCACUGGAGAAGGGGGAAGACAGAUAGAAGGAAUAUUGUAUGCCCGUGAUGGCGAGGUCCACAUUUUGUGUGUCUGUCACGGCCUCUUCCACUCCCCUGCCGAAUUCAUUAAGCAUGGCGGUGGAAAAGAAGUCGCCAAUCCUUUGCGGCAUAUAUUUGUCCGGCCUUUUUCUGAUUAG